AUGAAGUCAUUCCUCGCGGCCCUGCUGCUCGGCGCGGCACCCCUAGCCGCAGCCUCACCGGCACCGGCGCCGCAGUCGUCAUCGCAAAGAGUCUCCUACGACGGCUACAAGGUCUUCCGCCUGCCGGUCGGCACCGACGCGUCCAAGGUCGCCGGCAUCGUCGACCGGCUGGGCCUGUCGACGUGGAAGGGCGCGCCCCGGGCCGGCUCCUUCGCCGACGUCGUCGUGCCGCCGGCCCAGGUCGACGCCUUCCGCGGCGAGAUCGCGGGCAUGGAGGCCGUGGUGACGAUGCACGAGGACCUCGGGGCGUCCAUCGCGGAGGAGGCGUCCUUCCAGGCUUAUGCUGGCAAGUAUUACCCCGGCGCGGUAAACCAGUCGUGGUUCACCUCGUACCACGCCUAUCGCGAUCACCUCGCCUUUCUCAGCGACUUGAGCGCGCAAUACUCUGCCAAUGCCGAGGUCGUCACGUCGGGCAGCUCACUGCAGGGCAAUGCCAUCACGGGAAUCCACAUCUUUGGCAGCGCCGGCAAGGGCAAGAAGCCGGCCGUCGUCUUUCACGGCACCGUCCACGCUCGCGAGUGGAUCAGCACCAUGGUCACCGAGUACAUUGCCUAUACCCUCCUGACCAACUAUGGCUCUUCGUCCGAGAUCAAAGGCUUUGUCGACAAGUACGACUUUUACAUCUUUCCCGCGGUCAACCCAGACGGUUUCCUCUACACGCAGUCGACCGACCGCAUGUGGCGCAAGAACCGCCAGUCGACGUCGGGCAGCUCCUGCGUCGGCCACGACAUCAACCGCAACUGGCCCUUCCAGUGGUCCGCCCCGGGCGGCGCCUCGACCAACCCCUGCGCCGAGGACUUCAAGGGCAAGUCGGCCGGCGACGCGCCCGAGACCGCGGCCCUGUCGUCCUGGCUCAAGGGCGUCAAGGCGAGCCAGGGGCUCAAGCUGUUCAUUGACUACCACUCUUACUCGCAGCUCUUCAUGACCCCAUACGGCUACUCCUGCGACGCCCUGGCCGUCAACAACGCCGAGCUCCAGGCCCUGGCCCGGGGCGCCGUCGCCGCCAUCAAGGCCGUGCACGGCGUGUCCUUCCGCUACGGGCCCAUCUGCUCGACCAUCUACAAGGCGUCCGGCAGCAGCGUCGACUACGUCAACGACGUCGUCGGCUCCGACUACACGUUCACCUCAGAGCUCCGGGACACUGGCGACUACGGGUUCGUGCUACCGCCCUCCCAGAUCCUGCCCAGCGGCGAGGAGGCGUUUGCUGGUGUGCGGUACCUGCUGCUCAACAUGAAGUAA